ACAUUUCCACUGGGCCUGGGAGAUGGGCAAUUCUAUUCGUGGACAGAUGGUCUGAGAAGAAAAGACUGGCACGACUAUGAAAGCAUUCAGAAAGAUGCUUUGCGCUCAGGGAAAGGUGAACAUGGAAAACCAUACCCCCUUACUGAAGAGGACCACGAUGACUCAGCUUACAGGGAAAAUGGCUUCAACAUUUUUGUCAGCAACAAUAUUGCUUUAGAGAGGUCUCUACCAGACAUCAGACACGCUAACUGUAAGCACAAGAUGUACCUUGAAAGGCUGCCAAAUACCAGCAUCAUUAUCCCAUUUCACAAUGAAGGCUGGACCUCACUCCUACGGACCAUACACAGUAUAAUUAACCGAACCCCAGAGAGUCUGAUAGUGGAAAUCAUUCUAGUCGAUGACUUCAGUGAUAGAGAACACCUAAAGGAUAAGUUAGAGGAUUACAUGGCUCGGUUUUCCAAAGUAAGAAUUGUUCGCACCAAGAAAAGGGAAGGGCUCAUCCGGACCCGACUCCUGGGAGCAUCUAUGGCCAGAGGAGAGGUGCUGACCUUCUUGGACUCCCACUGUGAGGUCAAUGUGAACUGGCUGCCCCCGCUCCUCAACCAAAUUGCACUAAACCACAAAACCAUCGUGUGUCCCAUGAUCGAUGUCAUUGACCACAAUCACUUUGGGUAUGAGGCACAAGCUGGGGAUGCCAUGCGAGGAGCCUUCGACUGGGAAAUGUACUACAAAAAAAUCCCCAUCCCUCCAGAGCUCCAGAGGGCUGACCCCAGCGACCCUUUCGAGUCUCCUGUUAUGGCUGGAGGACUCUUCGCAGUGGAUCGAAAGUGGUUUUGGGAAUUGGGUGGUUACGACCCAGGCUUGGAGAUAUGGGGAGGAGAGCAGUAUGAAAUCUCUUUUAAGGUUUGGAUGUGUGGAGGAGAAAUGUUUGACGUUCCAUGUUCUAGAGUCGGUCAUAUCUACAGGAAGUAUGUCCCUUACAAAGUUCCAUCUGGGACCAUCCUGGCAAGAAACCUGAAGAGGGUGGCUGAGACCUGGAUGGAUGAAUUCGCGGAGUACAUUUACCAGCGGCGGCCAGAGUACAGGCACCUCUCCACGGGAGACAUCUCUGCCCAGAAGGAGUUGCGCAAGCGACUCAAGUGCAAAGACUUCAAAUGGUUCAUGGCUGCGGUGGCCUGGGAUGUGCCUAAGUACUACCCUCCGGUAGAGCCCCUGCCUGCAGCGUGGGGGGAGAUUCGGAAUCUGGCAGCCAAUUUAUGUGUGGACAGCAAGCAUGGAGCCACGGGGACCGAGCUGAGGCUGGACAUCUGUGUCAAAGAUGGUUCCGAAAGGACAUGGUCUCAUGAACAGCUCUUUACUUUUGGGUGGAGAGAAGACAUUCGACCUGGAGAGCCUCUGCACACCCGAAAAUUCUGCUUCGAUGCGAUCUCACACAGCAGCCCCGUCACGCUCUAUGACUGUCAUGGCAUGAAAGGGAACCAGCUCUGGGGAUACCGGAAGGACAGGACACUGUUUCAUCCUGUGACCAACAGCUGCAUGGACUGCAACCCUGCAGAGAAGAAGAUUUUCAUGGCUAGAUGUGACCCUCUCUCUGAGACUCAGCAAUGGAUUUUUGAACACAUCAACAUGACUGUUUUAGAAAAAAAUAGCCACCAUGCCAACUCCUAGAAAAGAAAGAAGAGUGAUUACCUACAGGUUGGGAACUGUGUUGUCACGGGCAUCUGGGUCAAAGGAGUCAGGAAUAACAUUUCCUAGAUCCAGGAAGCCUGGUUGAAAGAUGUGUAAAUGCCAUGUCGACAUAGGCUGUCCGGGAGAAGUUCCUGCAUCUGAAGAACUUGGCUGAGAGCCUCACCAGCUGCCGCUGAGAACUUGGGACUAGCAGUUCCCUUGCUGGCCAAGGGUAAAGAUUAUUUAGGGACUGUUCGCCACGACUGCUGAGUUAAUCGAACCUAGCAUUUCUCAGGUCAAAUCCUGCAGUAGUGAGUAGCUAUGAAUGGAUCCUACUAAUCGGGUGGGAGGGGGGUGGAAACAGAGCGCAUGACUGCUCUGGCAACCUGAGGCUACCACAGGUCUAGAACUAGCCACGCUUGAGGGGUGAGCUGUACUCUUUGGUGCCAUUCUCUGAACUAAGAAUGGGUUAAGCAGGUUUAACCCUUUAAAGUGCUGCAGAUGAUUUUAGAGUGCUCAUACCAUCCUGUUUCCUUUUGUCUUCUCUUUAAACAAGGGUACAUGGCAUCUAAGACUUAACAUUACAUGCUCUCAUUCACAUUUGCCAUUCUCCUUUCAGGGUCUAUAUUAUCUAUCAUGGCUCAUAGGAGUUCAUGUUCCACCAGUCAGCUGACGAUCUAAUUCAGCGUCCUUGGAUGAAUCCAGUUAAAAACAAAAACAAGCAAGCAAACAAAUAAACGAAAAACUCACUCUGAUAUCCAGUCACUCCAAAAAAAGAUGUCACAGAAGUAGCAAAAAAAAUAACACACACACAUACACACAGUUAAGGGAGAAAUUUCUCUGGGAAAUCUAUUUUUACUUUUCUAUUAUUUUUAAAUUUUAAGAAAAUUAUGAUGCUUGUCCAGUUAUAACUUUAUUGAAGAAUGCAUUGGAGUGGGGUCCAUGUAAUUUGUUUUACUCUGUCUUAAAUAAAUCUUCACUCCAAGUGAUGUGGAAAUUGUUUCAUUCACUUCAAAUCUGUUUAA